AUGGCACCUGCUUCUUUCGCUUCAGCAGCUGCAGCAAGUAACGCUGGCUCUGCACGCACAGAUCCAAGCGGCGAGUGGGCUCGACGCACGAAUGGUGCCACGCAAACGUUCCGCCGACCCUCACAUGCGACCACGCCCUCUGGAUCUGCACUUCUUCCCGCCUCUCGAGAUGCGCCCGCUCCCCAGACCUCGACAAGCUCGGGAGUCUACGUACCGCCACAUGCGCAACCGGGGCGCAACGGAGGUUCCAUCGAGGGGCGUUAUUCUCGCGAUCAACUAGUGCAGCUCUUCAAAUCCCAGCGAGACUCAGACGACAUCAAAGAAGGAUUUUCGCAUCUGUACAUGGGCUCUUGGGAACCUCACGCCACAAACGGUGCCUCGGCCGCUUCGUGGGGGCGCAAGGACGACCAUGGAAGGGAGGCUCAGAGCGGGGUCGACCAGUGCUGGGACAGGGACGGUAGCAUACAGCCCCUACACCAAACAGAACUUACAGAGGACGAGAGAGAGGUAUUCCUGUCUUCUGUCAACUCGCCGCUCAAACCACCCACCCAGAACACGAACAAGGACGGUAACCCCAAGGAGGCUCUGUCUCUCCGCAAGACGUCCAUUUCGCAAGGCCCUGGCACGCCGUAUGGCCUGUCGUCGCCAACAUCCACUCGACCUGGCAACCGUCGCCGCGACACUGGCGAGGCGUAUCCAUUCCCUGCCUCACCUGCAACCUCUCGAUUUGCGCGCGAGGAGUCCAACACGGUGACCCCCCCGCCUUCCUUGAUACGUCGCAGAACCGACUACAAAGAGCCAACAGCAGGGGCUAUUGGCGAGGAAGGUGAGAAAGAGAAGGCCUCUGCGGAGAGCGCUGGACCUCUUGGAAGCCUGAAACGCACAACAACUGCACCGUUUAGUCCAGGUGGGACCUCGCCAUGGGCCGCUUCGCAGGGAGGUGGAUUCUCAGGUCCCAUGGGCGCAUUCGGCAGCUUUGGCGUUCCGCAAUCCGAGAAGAAGUCCGGACUGGGAAGUGUGCGGGGUGAAAGCAGGUUCAAGGGGCUAAUGGGCAAACCCAGCACCGAAGAACUCGAAAAAGCUCCGAAAGAGAAGGCAUCCGUUGGGAAUCUUGGAAAGCUUAGCGAAGCAGAGCCGUCCAAGCCAAGCGCGUCCUGGAUGGAGGCGCGCUCCAACCGGCCUAUGAGCAGCGAUACCGAUCCCUACCUGGAGGAUGAUCACCCUACGGGCUCAGCAGCGCUACGAGGCGAAGACGUCAGCCCGCCCAGGCAUGGUUUAGGUGGCUUUGGCACUCCACACCGACCUGACGGACGGGACGACGGUGGACUUGCCACCUUUGGCAUGACUACUGACAAUACAGGCUUCCGUGAUAUGUUCGGCAACUUCACCCAGCAGACACCCCAUCGCGGAGGAGAAAGAGGCAACGAUCCCAUGAGCCCCACGGAUACCAACCCUUACAGAAGCCCUGACCAUGCCCGCGAAGGACAAGAAGAAGACUCAGACGGGUCGGACGUUCCAAACGCUCAUUAUCCGGGCAUGAGCAGUUUCCAGGUGGAUUCGAGCAUGUCAGGCCUACACAAUGCUUUUGGCAGCCUGGGAGGUUUUGGAAGAACACCCGGGGCAUUUGAGGCUACUGGGGACCGAAGCCAGACAUCUAGUGUUGGACCUGGGCGCGGAUUUUCUACGUUGCCGGGGCUUGGAGGUCUUCCUGGCUUGGGAGGCUCUUCGGCUUGGGCCGCAGGUCCUCAGGGUCUAGGCACGCCCAGUCGUGAACGUCCAUUUGGGUUCGAUAGUGCUUUCGGAAACGUAGGUGAAGUCCAAUCUCCCUCGCUUGUCGGGCUCGGAAACAGCUCCUUGUUCGGAGGUGCUGGCCAUGGCUCAAUUGGCCGCGCCAGCAAGCUAGGGUCUCUUUUCCCAGCCUCGAUGCAGGAGCAAAUGCGUUCAAAUGAGCAGCAUAUUGACGAUGGUUCUUCGCACGGCGACCGGCAGCAAAGCAUGACCGGAGCUUUUGGCAGGUUUGGCGCGCAAGCUCCUGGCGGCGGCAUUCCCAAUCGUGACACCGACAGCCCCUUCCGCGCAAACCGCAACCUGUUCGACGAUUUCUCCGGGGCUUCUGGUGACGACCAUGGGGGCUUUGGACAGACUUCUGGUGCACAGUCUAAUCUUGCAACUACCUCGUUGUCUAUGGCUGCUCUCAACCAGACCAGGACAGCGCAGCCUUCUACCCCGGGUAUCGGAAGUCCGGCUUCUAGCCAGCCUUCUCAACCUCAGCAGCGUACCAUGGUUAUGCCUGACCGUAUGAGGUGGAUCUAUCGUGAUCCAUCAGGUAACACUCAAGGUCCCUUCUCUGGCCUGGAGAUGCACGAUUGGUACAAGGCUGGAUUUUUCUCUCCCGAGCUCUUAGUCAAGAAGCAGGAGGAGCCAGACUAUGAGCCACUCGCCCAGCUCAUUCGCCGUAUUGGCAACUCUCGCGAGCCGUUCUUGGUCCCCCAGAUUGGCAUUCCCCAUGGACCAGCUACAGCACAGCCCGGCAACACUUGGGCUGGUGGCGCUGGCACCGCGCCCGGCGCUCAGCCGCCGUUCGCCAACAGCUUCCCUAGCUUCGGUACUACCUUGACUGCAGAGCAACAGAAUGCUCUCGAGCGUAGGAAGCAAGAGGAGCAAUACCUCAUGGCUAGGCAAAAGGAGCACCUGGCAGCGCAACAAUCAGUCAACUUGAGGUCAGCUCAGCUGGGAGGUAUCAUGCCAAAUCAGCUACAACACCACUCCAGUGCCCAUAGUCUGCACAGCCAGCCGAGCUAUGGAAGUAUCACUUCGCCUGGCGGCUAUCAGCCAUCUCCCACUCAGGGACCUGGUCCCGGCGCGUCAGUUUCAGGUCUAAUGGAGAACGCCUUCAGACCUGGAAUGGUCCCCGGUCUGGGCCCUGUUGGCCCUGGCAUGGACAUGAUGGGCAGCAUGAGGGAUGAGGAAGUCUCUGGCCUUGUAGAUCGUCUGAGCCUUGGCCGAGGGGGACAGCCUGCUUUCGGUACCGCACCUGGAUCUUUCGUCCCGCAGCACCCUGAGUCUGCUUCACAUGCGCAGCAAGUUGUUGCCAUGCUCAGUGACCGAGCUCGUCUGCAGCGUGAGCAGGCUGAGCAUGACGCCCUGCAGAGACUCGGCUCGAACGACCAGCAAGCUGCUCAGGCUUCUGCCGAUCGCCUGCAACAGUUCAAUGACUUGCGGGUGCAGACAGAUCUUGAACAGUCUAGGGUUGUAUCUCCACCUGAGGGCGUGAUUGGAAAGCCCUCUGCCCCAGCCACACAAGCACAGGAACACGAGGCCGACCUCACGUCUCCCGAACAUGAUGAUGGUCGCGCUGAAGCACCGGAGCCCAGCACUGAAGCGCCAUCUGCUACUCAGGAAACACUCUCUUUGACAGAGCAAGUUCAGAAGGCGCAGUCCGCUAAGCAGUCUCCUCAGCCGCAAUCGGCUUGGAAGCAAGUUGAACCCGCCAUCUACCCAUUCCCACCGCCACCUUCGCAGUCUCCUCUCCCUGCACCCGCUGCGCAGAGGAAGGCUAUCGUUCCUGGAGAUCUACACGCGGAUUCUCGUGCUGCUACACCUGCAGCUGACACACCGAGCGCUUCCGUCGCUCCAUGGGCCAAGGAGCCUACCGAAGCUUCAAGGGGUCCAUCCCUGAGGGAGAUCCAGGAAUCAGAGGCGAAGAAGGCUGCCGAGCGCGAGGCUCUUGCUGCUGCUGCCCGUCGGGUAGCGUUCGAGAAGGAGCUUUUGGCACAGACACAGUCGCCUGUGGUCCAACCCGGUUUACCCUCAAGCUCCACAUGGGCGAGCGGCACUGGUGCUUCUCCAUCUACUCCAGCUCCCCCUGGCGGUGCCUCAGUGUGGACCAAGCCUACCACUGGUAAGGCUCCUGCUCAACCGACACCCGCUUCCAAGAAGACGCUUCAGCAGAUCCAAAAAGAAGAGGAGGCCCGCAAACACCGUGCAGCGGCUCAAGCUGCUGUCACAGCCAGUGCCCUCGGUGCUGUUGCUGCUGCCGCUGCCGCUGCUCCAGCCGCCUCUGCUGGAAAGCGGUAUGCUGAUCUGGCCAGCAAACAGACCCCAGUCCUUCCUGCUGCAGCUCUAGCUGCCGGUGCCAGCCCUUGGACCACUGUGGGAGCAAGCGGCAAGGUCAAGACUCCCGGCGGCACGGCCAGUCCUGCGCCGGCCAUCGUUCGCUCGACUAGCUCCACUGCCGUGCCUUCUGUCAAGAAGCCUACUGUCACACGCACCACCACCCUUGGUGGUGUUUCAGGCAAGGUCAACGCCGAAGAGGAGUUCCGCAAGUGGGCUGUAAAUGAGCUUCGCUCUGACCUCAACAAGGGCAUCAAUGCUGAGGACUUCGUCUCAUCUCUCUUGAGUUUCCCCGCCGAUGCUGAGCUUAUCACCGAGUCCGUCCACUCAGCCAGCAACACCCUUGACUCCCGCCACUUUGCCGAGGAGUUCCUUCGCCGCCGCAAGCUCGCCGACAAGGGCAUCAUCGACGACCGCAACACUUCCAGCCCCGCCGAGAACAAGUCGGCAGGCAGUGGCUGGUCUGAGGUCGCCAAGAAGGGUGGCGCAAGCACCCAGCAGCAACAGCAACAGCAGCCCGCCCUCGACUCUGGUGCUUUCAAGGUUGUCCCGUCCAAGAAGAAGAGCAAGAGGUAG